ACAAGAACUGUUCGUCGGGAGCUUCAUGAAAUGGGUUUCCAUGGCCGAGCAGCUGCACACAAGCCUAAGAUCACCAAGUCAGGCCUUCAACCAGUCACUGUCGCUGACGAUAUCAAGGAAAAAAUUAAACUUGACUUACCUAAAGUCAAAGGUCAACUGCUCAUUUUCGGAGCCACCAACUGGGAUCUCAUCGGAAGGAAAGAGGUGCCAAAAGCACAAGCGGCCUUCAGGAACCUAGGCCAGAACCUGUGGGGUCCUCACCGUUAUGGCAGCCUGAGUGACGUGCAGGUCAGCAGUGUGGUGUCUGGGCCCUGUGCUGCCCACAGCCUCCUCAUCACCACCGAGGGCAAGCUCUGGAGCUGGGGUCGAAAUGAAAAGGGUCAGCUGGGUCACGGGGACACCAAGCGCCUAGAGGCCCCAAAGUUGAUUGAGGCCCUUGCAGACGAAGUGGUGGUGGCUGCAGCCUGUGGACGCAACCACACCCUGGCAUUGACAGAGGGUGGCACCGCCUACUCGUUUGGAGAGAACAAACUGGGCCAGCUGGGCCAGGGCAACCAAACUGAUGCAGGCCUCAGUCCAGCCCCGAUCCAGUACGAUGGGCAGCCCUUGGUCAAGGUGGCGUGUGGGGCAGAGUUCAGUAUGGUGGUGGACUGCAAAGGGAACCUCUACUCGUUCGGCUGCCCAGAGUAUGGCCAGCUAGGACACAACUCUGACGGCAAGUUCAUUGCCCGCGCCCAGCGCAUCGAGUUUGACUGUGAGACCGUUGCACGCCGCGUGGCCAUCUUCAUCGAGAAGAGUAAGGACGGCCAGGUGACACCUGUACCUAACGUGGUGGUCCGCGACGUCGCCUGCGGAGGCAAUCACACGCUGAUAUUGGACUCCCAGAAGCGGGUGUUUUCCUGGGGCUUUGGUGGUUAUGGACGGCUGGGUCACACGGAGCCGAAGGACGAGAUGGUGCCCAGACUGGUGAAGCUCUUUGACUUCCCCGGGCGAGGGGCAUCCCAAAUCUACACUGGCUAUCAGUGCUCCUUCGCUGUAAAUGAGAUUGGAGGGCUGUUUUUCUGGGGUGUCACCAAUACUUCGCGGGAGUCUACCAUGUACCCCAAGGCAGUGCAGGACCUGUGUGGCUGGAAGGUCCGCAGUCUGGCGUGCGGGAAAAGCAGUAUCGUUAUCGCUGCAGACGACAGCACCAUCAGCUGGGGACCCUCCCCCACCUUUGGCGAGCUGGGAUACGGAGACAACAAGGCCAAGUCCUCCACUACUGCUCAGGAGGUGAAGACCCUGGAUGGAGUUUACGCUGAACAGGUGGUAAUGGGAUACGCACACACCCUGGUCAUCGCCAGACAGGAUACUCCACAGGAACAAGAGAAGCUCAAGAAGCUGCCAGAGUACAACCCACGCACGCUCUGAUGGGGCACCAUCCAGCCACCUUACCGUUUGUUUUUCCCAGAGACAACAGAUUCUCUCCAGAAGCACCUGCCCUUUAGGUCAUGAUGGAUGGCUGGGGAGGAUGGGCUCUCAUGAAUAUGUAUGCAUACACUUUGGAAAAACAAGUCAGUUCUUUUUUAUGUUUGUUCCCAAUUUUGUUUGACUUUGUUCAUGAAGUCCAUGGCAGUAUUACUGUAUGUCAGGUCAAUCUGUGUGCAUUGUCAGAACACAAUCAGGAUCUGAGACAUUGUGCCAAGUUGAUGCUCUCCGGCCAUUGACUUCUGUUACAUUCCGUGGUUUGUAUCUUCUCUUGUAUGAUUAAAUGUUGCUGUUGAGGAUGCGCAACUGUCCCUCAAAGGCCAUUGUCUGCUUGUUGUCAUUACUGCCUGUUUUCCCCCCAGUGACUCCUUUUAGCCUGGGAAACCAGUUGUGGGCACUGCAGUCUUGGCAAUAAAAACCAGCAUGAAUGCGAUUUUGCAAGUACUUGAGUUGUGUGCCUCUGUUAGUGCAAAUGGUCAACACGGUGUGGUUAUCCAGUUUUAAAUAAAUACCUUUUUCUAAAUUUGUUUUGGUGUCUGGGUCAGAAGGCCCACGUUUUAAAAUGUCAAUCUUGUAAAUGGUAAUAAAGGUUGAUUUUGUUCUGA